UCAAUCACAGCCAGAGGAGAGAAUAAAGGAAAGACAUGGGACAGACGAGACUACAGCUCAAAUGAAUACCAGUAAAGUGGAUGAUGAUAUUUUCUUCAUAAUGGUUAACCCUCUAAUAAGCAAGCAGACUGUCAUGGAGGGCAGCAGCACUGUUCUUGAGCUUUACAAACUAAUCAGAGAGAAAAAACAGAUAACUAAGUUUCUCCCAGUCAUUAACGGUCCAGGCUCUGUGAAGAAUGGAAGGGCAGCUCUUAAGGGUAAAGCUUUGAUUAGUCCUGGCAUGAAGGAGGUGGGACCAUUGAUGAGUGAACACAAGGGUCUCGAUAAGACAAAUGAUGUCAGAAAUAAGGUGCUUUUUGAGGAGCGGUUGGAUCCGCGUGUGGAUUGUAAAACCAAGGCUGUAAUGGGAAAUCAACAGGGAUACGAGAAUUCAGACUUGGAAAGUGACCUUCGUAGUGGAGAGGAUCUGUGCUGCACCAGCAACCUGGAGAACAAGCUCAUCAUUUCUCCUAAAAGCCUGAGAAAAGCCUCCAGAGGGCAGAAACAGAAGAAAUUGUGGACAAUGAGAUCACUGGAUGUAGAGAAGAGGAUGUACGUUAGCAAACAGAAACUAAAUUCAACUACUGAACAACCCUUACACAAAGUUUUAAAAGAUGAAAAGAGAGAAUUUGAGCAUGAAGGUCCUGGGACGCAGACUGAAUUGAAAAAUAAUACAGCCAAGGAUUCAAGAAGCUUUGAGGAAGAUCUGUCCAGUGAGCUCUCAGAGUAUGACAAUGUAUUUGAACUUGACUCAGAUGGGACAGAAAAUCUUCAUGACCUGAUGAAGACUACUAAGAAAAGUCUUCAAGGGAAGUCAACAGACAUGAUUCAACCUUACCGGUGUGGAAAUAAGCGUAUGGAGCAGCAGCAAGCAAUGCCCAGAGUGAAAGACAAGAUCCUCGAAGUUGAGAACCUUAUCCACCAGGUUUGCACCAGUUUAGACUGUUUAAAAGACAGCACACAUACCUCAACCACAGUUGUGUUUUUGGACAGUCACGUACCCACCGAGCACAAGAAGAGUUUCCCUUUGGAGCUGUGUGAAGAACUUAAGCGACCAAAUAUUAAAUCAGGAAGGAAGAGUAUUUCUUUCACUUCUUCUGAUGCUGUCGCUACACUUUCAACAAGAUGCUCAAGUCUGGAUGCUGUGUCUCCACCAUUAUCCCGUCUCUCCUCACGCACCUCCAGGCCUCUGCCGCAGUACCGUAUUCUGCCGCUACCUGAAGAGGAUGCAGAGGACUACAACAGUAUUUAUCUAACACAAGAGGGAAAAUAUCUAUAUGGCAGCACAGAAAAGAGCACCUAUAAUGGAUCUGAAUCAGCAGUCAAUGAGCAGAUUUUCAGUUGGACCCCAUCCACUACACCAACUAUCCCAACUUCUCCAACUAUAGGUGUGUGA